UCCUCAUCUCGGCGACGCCUUACAGCACUUUUCCUCAUCUCACAAAUCCUACCCCUUUUUUAUUUUUAUUUUCAUAUAUUUUUUAUAUUCUUCUAUAUACUAGAAUAUAAAAAUAAAAAUUAGAAGUAAUAAUUUUAGUGAAAAGGGGAGGGAACGAUCCCCUAAACAUGAAAAAAAUUGAAAUCUAAAUCUACAACACAAAAUGGCAUUUCACGUUGCUUGUCCAAUUACAUGUCGAAGAAUCUGUUUCUGUGCGUUAGGGUUUCCGCGUUCUCUCAACGGAACCACCAACAACAGCAACAACGCUGCCAAUGCUUUCCUCAACGACGUUUCCGUGCUCGGAGAUUUCAUUGCUGACGCUCGGAAAGACGAUUCUACGAUCCAAGUUGCUGUUCCCAAGGUUGUGCCGCCGCCUCCUGAGGUUGUUCCUGUUAGCGGUGAUUUGCUUGAUGAGUCUGCCUCCAUGAAAGCUAAGCGUGUCGCGCUUCAGAGGAAAGGUGCUGCUGCUAUGAUUGCGGCUGAGGAGUAUGCAAGGAAGUUUGAGUCUGGUGAUGUGCUGGAUACAUCAGGAAAUCUUAAUGGAGAAGAACAGGGUCAAUCCAGUGUUAAGGUCUUUUGUCGGAUGUGCAAUCGCGUUGAGAGCGAAGGAAGUGAGAAAGCAAAAAAGAUGCUUUCGUGCAAAAGUUGUAGUAAGAAGUACCAUAGGAACUGCUUGAGAAGUUGGUCUAAUAAUAGAGAUUUAUUUCAUUGGAGUUCGUGGACCUGUCGUGCUUGCCGAAUAUGUGAGGCUUGCAGAAGGACUGGUGAUCCAAGUAAGUUCAUGUUUUGCAAAAGAUGUGAUGGUGCUUAUCACUGUUACUGUCUGCAACCUCCUCAUAAGAAUGUUAGUACUGGGCCCUAUUUGUGCCCAAAACACACAAAGUGUCACAGUUGCGCAUCCAAUGUCCCUGGAAAUGGACUAAGUGUGAGGUGGUUUCUGGGAUACACUUGCUGUGACGCGUGUGGAAGAUUGUUUGUGAAAGGAAAUUACUGUCCUGUUUGUCUGAAGGUUUACAGAGAUUCAGAAUCAACACCAAUGGUUUGCUGUGAUAAUUGCCAGCGCUGGGUACAUUGUCAGUGUGAUAAUAUUAGUGAUGAAAGAUAUCACCAAUUUCAAGUAGAUGGAAAUCUGCAGUACACAUGUCCUACUUGUCGUGGAGAAUGUUAUCAGGUCAAGAAUCUUGAAGAUGCUGUUCAAGAGCUUUGGAGGAGAAAGAAUGACACAGAUAGAGAUUUAAUUACCAGUCUGAGGGCUGCAGCUGGUUUACCAACACAAGAAGAAAUAUUUUCUAUUUCACCAUAUUCUGAUGAUGAGGAUAGUGGGCCUUUAAAGUUGAAGAGUGAUUCUGCACGCUCCCUUAAGUUCUCUUUUAAGAAUUUUCCCAACAACUCACCUAUUAAGAUAAAAGAUUAUGGAAAGAAAUCUUCAAACAAAAAGACUGCCAAGAAAAAGGAUUCUCUGUCAUUCAUGACUGGUAAAAUUGAUGCAAACCAUAGUUUUGAAGGACACAGUGAUGUUAAAUCUUUACAUAGCUUGGAUGAUGAUGACAUGCAAUCCCAGAGAAAUGAAGGUCCUGAUGUUUAUUCAUCACCUGCUACUGGAAGCCUGAGUCAAACUGAAGUAUCUUUUCCUGUCAACCGUCCAAGUAUUUUGAAACGUAAGUUUGUUGAUGAGGUGAUGGUCAGUGAUGAAGAAAGGAAAACCAGAGUUGUUCGAAUUAAAAGCAAUAAGGCAAAUAAUUUGGAUAGUGAAGAGGAGAGUGGAAAACGUGGUGAUAAGACUCAGAAUGUAAAAGGGAAAAAGUUGGUUAUAAAUUUGGGAGCACGUAAAAUUAAUGUAGCUAGUUCUCCGCUGUCUGAUAAUGCAAGCUUCCAAAGAGAUCAAGAUCUGGUUAAUGCAAAUGGAAAUGAAAAUCUAGCCCAUUUGAUGAAGGGAAACAAGUAUGCAUUAGAUAGACACGAUGGAAUGGCUAGACAUGUUGAUGGUAAAGGAAGUAGGGUUGACUCUGGCCAAUUAAAACAUUUAAAGGUUUCAGGAAGAGAAGGAAAUAUGAUCAAGUUGGGAAAAGUUAAGCCAAGUGUUUCUGAACUCAACUUCACCUCUGGUAGGGGCAAUAUGUCUGAUGGGUGUGAAGUUGAUCCUUUAGACCGAUCUCACAUUAUGCGUGGUAAACGUAGUACUCAUGGAAUGAACAAUCAAGUUGGAUUAGAUGCAACAUCAAGAGGUGAAAGGACGUAUUUGGCGAGGCAGUCCGAAGGUAGCUCUGAUGUAUAUGACGAGACACGUGACAAUAAUCACACGUCUUCACAUUCUUUGCCGAAAGAUUCUAAACCUCUACUGAGAUUUAAGUUCAAAAGGCCUAGCAUUGAAAGUCAAAAUUCUCCCCAUCAGGAAGAGGAGAAGACCACAGUCAAGGGUCAGAGGUCCAAAAGGAAGAGGCCUUCACCUUUUAAAGAAAAAACAUUGUUUAAUGACUCUGAAGGUGUAAGUCAAUCUCCUGGAGACAAUAUAAAUCAUGAGAACAUGGAUGCAAACUGGAUUUUGAUGAAAUUGGGAAGUGAUGCAAUUGGAAAGAGAGUUGAAGUUCAUCAGACAUCCGACAAUUCUUGGCAUAAGGGAGAGGUUACUGACACAGUUGAAGGCACCUCAAAGUUACAUGUUACUUAUGAUGAUGGAAAAGUGAGUAUCUUGGAACUAAGAAAGCAGGGGGUCCGUUUUGUUCCUCAAAAGCAAAAGAGAUCAAAAACAUGAACUCAAGUCAUUCACCCUUGGAUCGUUUUAUGUGCAGACAUCUUAUUCAUCAGACUUAAAGAUUAUUUCGUCUUUGAGGCCUCUCAAUGAAAUUUAUAUUCUUAGCCGCCCAUAUUGAUGCUGGUUUUUUGGGUAAAGCAUUCUCGAUUGGAGCAAUUUCAGUUUUCUUGGAAGGAUUAGCCUUAUCCCACUGAAGCCCUUUUCUGAACCGCAGGAUCUUGAUCGCAAAUUAGAUUUUUUAUUUUCUUGUUUUCUACAUGUAACUGAUUUCACAAAGUAGAUUUCUGCCUGUGAUGUACAGGUCACCUUUGCUGUAGAAUAUGGAGGUAUGUGCCCUUGGUGUUAGAUGUAUGAUUAAAUUCUGCCAUUAGUUUUUUUUGUUUGUUUGUGAAUUAGUGUCCAUGAAGAUGAGAUACUAUCUUGAAAGCAGACGUUAUUGAGAUUUUGUCAUUUUGUUAAAAGGAAAUGUUUUAUUUCCAUCUUA